GACAUAAGCGACUCAUUGGCAGUAUCUCUUACUCACGCGAGAUGAACAGUUUAUUCAUCGUAUUUGUUGCAUCGGUGACUUACCAUGCAACGUUCGGAGCCGAAGUGCAUAGGACUCCUGAACGUCCGAACAUAAUCACGAGAUCAGAAUGGGGAGCCAGAGCACAAAAAGAAUUUGUCCCUAAUCUUAAGAUAAAUCCACCGCCGUUUGUAGUAAUUCAUCACUCGGCAACCGAUUCGUGCACGACGCAAGCGAUUUGCCAGGCGAAAGUGCGAUCUUUCCAGAAUCAUCAUAUUAAUGUAAAUAACUGGGAGGACAUAGGCUACAAUUUCGUAGUUGGAGAAGAUGGCAACGUGUACGAGGGUCGAGGUUGGGACAAGAAAGGCGCCCAUGUGCCAUCUUACAACGCGAGAAGUAUUGGAAUCUGUAUAAUUGGUAAUUAUGGCGCCCACGAGCCAAACGCGGCAGCUGUCGCUGCAACUAAGAAAUUAAUAGCUUACGGAGUGGCUAUCGGCAAAAUACAGGAAGAUUACAAAUUGAUAGGGCAUUUACAAGGUGGGAAUACGGAGUGUCCAGGAGAGAGUCUGUACAAUCUGAUCAAAACUUGGCCACAUUGGACAGAAAACCCGUGAACAGUCAUCGGGGUAAUAGACUAACGCAUUUAUUAUUUAAUAUUUUGUAUUGAGCAUUCUCAAAUAAACGCAUUCUUUUUUAUCGUAACAGUAUAAA